AUGGACUACAUAAAUAGCUACUUGGAAUGCCUGUCUUGGUUUGCGGACUGGUGCCUACGCUCUGAGCUUCCUGCGAGAACUAUCACCAAGCUGUGUAUGUGGCUCUAUGACAUGCGACACCGACGCAGCGGCUUUAGGAGAGGCGAUGCACCAUCGCCUUGUUUGUCCAAUGUAUUUGGGAAAGCAAGUUACAUCCAACCUAACUGGUACAGAGAGGAAACAGGCAAGUCUUUUUCCUACCUUGAUGAACGUAUUAUCUUCUAUCCACAGUUUGCAUUGCUUGACGAGAAUGAAGCCUAUCAUAACUUAUCGGUGCAGAAACACAAAACACUAGUGUGCGUGAGUCGCAUACUGCGUCAACCUUCUCUGCACUAUUUGCGUACGGCGCUCACCGUUGCGUCCAUGGCGUUCCUUUGGGUUGUGGAUGCCUCCUCAGAGCUGUCAGAUCCCCAAGCAGUGUACAUCUCUUGUAGCUCAUGUAAUGAGCAUGACAACGGCGCCGGCCCUCAUUCCAAGGGACGCCUCUGUGCCGUUGACGCUAUUAAGUGUCGGAGCUUUCGCGAUACCGCUGGGGAUGCAAUACGGUGCUUGACUGGAGUUUCACUUUUACUUGUGUCCGAGAUUUUUGUCUCUCUUCCGCAUAGGACAACUGCACAUGAUAUUUUUAUCGUGGACUCGUGGUUUUUUUUUUUUUGUGUGUAG